AUGUCUACAAAUUCAGACCUCAGAGUGACACUCUACACCUACUUUCGCUCCUCGUGCUCCGCGCGCCUUCGUAUCGCCCUCGCCCUUAGGUCAAUCUCCUAUACCUCAGUCCCUAUCAACCUGCUGAAGGGCGAGCAGUCGAGCACAAAAAACACGGCCGUAAACCCAUCGGCCACCGUUCCCACGCUCAUCAUCGAGCAUGUAGACCGGAGCCAGUCUCCAAUAACAAUAACCCAGUCCCUCGCAGCGCUCGAAUACCUGGAUGAAGCAUUCCCCGACAAUCCCAACCCACUCCUUCCACCUAUUUCUAACCCGCAACAACGCGCGCUCGUGAGGUCUCUAGCAUCAAUUAUAGCCUGCGACAUUCAGCCAGUCACGAACCUACGGAUUCUUCAGCGCGUUGCACCAUUCGGCGUCGACCGGGCCGCCUGGUCAAAGGAUCUCAUUGAAGCUGGGUUUGCGGCGUAUGAGGCUAUUGCUAGAGACUCUGCUGGAGUAUUCAGUGUUGGCGAUACAAUCACGAUGGCGGAUGUUUGUUUGAUCCCCGCUGUUUGGGGCGCAGAGAGAGCGGGGGUAAAUCUGGGACAGUAUCCUACAAUUAAAAGGGUUGCGGAGGCCCUGGAGAAGGAGAAUGCAGUUAAGGAGGGGCAUUGGAGAACCCAGCAGGAUACACCAACGGAAUUCAGGUGUUGAAUCUGCUGCUUGGCGACCGAUGUUCCAUUGUCGGAACGAAAAUGUUAUACAGACCGGUCUUGAAUGAUGGACGGGGUUUACUGCGAGAGUAAAAGGUUAUCGACAAGUUCGGACAGGAGUCUCUGCGUACCCUUGCGCUAAAUAAGAGUAAUGUAAAUGACCUGCAAAGCAU